AUGGUUAAACAUGUAAGCAUUUUGGAGUUUUACAGGGUUGCGAAAUUAGUAGAAACAACUGCCAUCCCUGGCAACUACAACGGCUUACCCCAUGGUAUCAAAUAUGGCUUGGAUGACAGAAAUGGAGAACUCAUUGCAUGCUGCUUCAAGUCUAUACCACACUUCAUCAAUUGUAUUAGCUGGAGAGUUGUGAAGAAUGCCUCAUCCUUGUUGCGUUUCCGGGUGUGUAAAGGAAAUUAUAAAAGUGGCCCAAAAGUUCGAGUAUUUGGAUUUCCGAAGAAUAAGCAAGAUUCAGCUAAAUGGCUACGCGCCAUACGAAGAGAUAAUUUUCUGGUUACUCCUCAUAGUAAGGUUUGUGAACUACAUUUUAAUGGCUGUGAUUUUGAAUACAACAAUAGCGCCUUCGAUCAGCGAACAGGUUGUCGAAUAACAGUUCCCUAUAAAAAUCCAAGGCUAAUAAAAGGGAGAGUGCCAUCUAAAUUUCCCAAUUUGCCAGGAUAUUUAUCAUCGAAUUCCAAGACACCAAGGGAAGAUCCAGAUGUCAGAAGGAAACGCCAUGAGGAGGAUUAUUUGAAAUUGGCUUUACAGAAGAGUGCUGCAGAACAAAAGAACUAUGACUCUAAAAGAAUGUUUUCCUCGCUGGAUGAUUUACAUGCAAAAAUAGAAUAUAUUGACACUUCAGUGUGGACUGUUUUUAGAAAAACUGACCAGAUAAAUUUUUGCAAAAAUUAUAACAGAUACAGCUCCAGUGAUAGAAUGUUCACUUGUAAUAAAUGAUAAACUUUCUACAAGUGCAUACAUAUAUGAGACUCAAGUAUAUAAAUUAGGUACGUACUCUUUUCCUUUAAAUAUAAGCCACAUAGACGCCCUUAACAACAUUUUUGAAGCUUUAAUUGAAAGUGUAUGUGUAAAGAAAAGCGAUGCAACAGAUAUUAUGAAAACUGUUAUCUAUUUACUAAAAAAAAAUGAUGAAAUGUGAUGGUAAUGAAAUUUUAAAACUGCAACUAAAAUUUAUUGAGGAGCAAUUAUCAUUGUGUUUUUUAAAUAAGAAUGGUCUCAGGUAUUCUUCUGACCUGAUGAUAUUUUCUGCUCUCUUUUUUAACAUGGCUCCACAUGCGUAUAAUUUUGUUCGUAAUAGUAAAAAUAUUUUAUUACCACAUCCCUCUACAAUUUGUCGCAUUUGCCUGUCGUAUGAUGUGAAACCAGAUGCCGAAACAUUGAAUUCUAAUUUUUUAAUGUAUGUAAGACACAAAUUUAAUCUUUUGGAAGAUAAUGAUAAAAAAGUAGUAAUUUUGAUGAUUG